AAGAAAGCAAAAGUUCAAAAUGAGCCAUUUAAGAGAGUCAAAGCUGAAGAUGUCGUCUUUAUAGAUGAGAAAUUAAAGGACAACACAUAUAUGAGCAAGGGUGGUUCUAUGGACGGAUACGGCUAUCGUGCUCACUUGGAUAUGAUAGUCACAAGAGGCAAGGGAUUCCGUGCUGAGAAGACAAAGAAAAAACGCGGAUCAUACAAGGGCGGUUUUAUCACCAACGAAUCUCACUCCUUCAAGUUCCCAACUGACUCGGAUUAA